AAGAAACCUCCCCCUCUCUCCUCUCUCUCUCUCUCCUCUCUCUCUAUCUCUCUCAAGUGUCAUUUUCUCACAUAUACUUCACACAAAAGAAACACCAUUCACUUCACAUACCUUGUCAUUUCUUCCCUAUUUCUCUCUCUAAAAUUUUCUCUCAAUCUUAAAUCUCAUCACCUCUGCAACUACUCCAUCAACUUGAUUGAAUGCUUGAAACUCCAUCACACACAUAAAAACACAAACCUUCAGAAUAUCCAAUCAAUUAUUAAUUACACCCCCAUCUUGCAGUCUCAAACCUAGCUAACCUUCCAACUGUCUCUAUAUAUAAUUUUUUUCCAUCUCUUCCAAAUAUUUUCAUACCAUUAUUAUAUUCCACACAAGUGAAGAAAAACAAGGGUUGAUUUAACACAAUUCCAAAACCCAAUUUCCAAGCCAAAGCUUGUUUUUUUGGUGGAGGUGUUGAUAGCAAAAAAAUGGAGCUAUUUCCAGCACAACCAGAUUUAUCUUUGCAAAUUAGUCCUCCAAACACAAAACCAACAUCAAGUAAUUGGAAGAGAACAACAUCAUCAACAACAACAACAACUGAAGAAGAAAUGGAUUUGGGGUUUUGGAAAAGAGCUUUGGAUUCAAGAAACUCUUUAUCAUCAUCAUCAUCAUCAAUGGCUACUACAACUACUUCUACAAAAACUCAUGAUAAUUACACUUUUGACCUCGCUCUUUCAAAUCCAACAAAGCCUUUAGAUUCAAACAACACUUCCUCCAAUAACCUCAUUCAUCACCACUUUCAAAAUAAUGGUAACAACAACAAUAAUGCAAUUGCAAACCCUUUUCAAUCUUUUCAACAAAACCAUUACUUUCAACACCCCCAACCUUUCUUUCAACACCACCACCCCCAACAACAACACCACCAUAACCAAACCUUGAGUCAAGAACUUGGUUUUCUUAGACCUAUUAGAGGAAUUCCUGUUUAUCAAAACCCUCCUCCUUUAUCAUUCCCUCAACUUCAUAAUCAUAACCAUAAUCUUAAUCAUAACCUUAACCAUAACCUUAAUCAUCUUCAUGUUCUUGAUGGCUCUACUACUACUACCACACCUUCUUCUUUUUCUAACGCAAACACAAACUCAACCCCUUUUCAAUCUCAAGCUUUGAUGAGGUCAAGAUUCUUGUCUAGAUUUCCUGCAAAAAGAAGCAUGAGAGCUCCAAGGAUGCGUUGGACUACUACACUUCAUGCUCGAUUUGUUCAUGCUGUUGAACUCUUAGGUGGCCAUGAAAGAGCAACUCCAAAAUCAGUACUUGAGCUAAUGGAUGUGAAGGAUCUAACAUUAGCACAUGUUAAGUCUCAUUUACAGAUGUAUCGGACGGUGAAAACUACAGAUAGAGUAGGGGCUUCAUCAGGGCAAUCCGAUGUAUACGAUAAUGGAUCGUCUGGAGAUAACUCGGAUGAUAUAAUGUUUGACAUCAAUUCUUCAAGAAGAUCAUCUGAUUUAUCCACUAAGCAGCAAGGAAGAUCGAGUGUUAAUCAAGAUAAGGAAUGUUAUGGUCUUUGGAGCAACUCAUCCCGGGAAGCUUGGUUACAUGGUAAACCAAAGGUUGAUUCUAUUGGAAACAUGCAAUCUCUUGAGAAGGAAAUGGAUGCAAAGUGUUUAAGCUAUGAGAGAAUAUCAGAUGGAAGUUCAUCUACAAACCUAUCAGGAUCAAGUCCAAAGAAACCUAAUUUGGAUUUGGAAUUCACCUUAGGGCAACCUCUUUGAGAUUUUUCUUAGCUUCUGGAAAUAUAGUAUAUUAUUCAUGAUUUACUAUUACAUUUCUCUGGAACUGAAAGAGUUAGAGCAAUGGAAUGAGAAACAGGAACCUGCUGAGAAAAUCAGAGAAAGAGAAAGCUAAAAGAAAGGGAAAAAAAAGUAAAAGGAGCUAAAGAAAGAAACACAAGGAGACAAGAAAGACAGAAAGCAACAAAAGGAGAGGGGUAGGGAGAAAAAGCAUGGCCUUCCUAUCAGAGUUCUUUGUGUUAGAUCUAAAUCAACAUAUUAUAUUUUCUUUGGUAAAUAUUUGAAAUCUAAUUGAUUUUGUAAUGUUUUGCAAUGAGAGAGAAAGAGAAUGAGAUAUGAGAGAAAGGGUGAGCUUUAGGGAUUUUAAAGUAUGAAGUGAUCCUUGGUAAUUGUAAUGGAGCACUUUAUGUUUAUGAAAUAUAUAUUUAGAUGUUUUCCACCAAAGAA